GCGCGCGUGUGCCUGUGCAAUCGCUUAUUACAGUAGACCAGCUGAAGGGUCAGCCAGGGAAUAUAUUUAUACACUCCGGCGCGCGCAUGCCCGCCCAAGAAGCGCUCUCCUCAGCCGGGCCAGCCUCACUUUCUUCGCUUGGCCGGCCUCGGCUGAAGACGCAGCAGGGUCGCCCAGCUCCGGAGCUUGAGAAGCGGACGAGCCGUUCCAAGCGCCGGGGAAAAGAAGCAGCGCAGUCGCGGAGCCGUUCCGGUCGGGAAGGCGAGCCUGCCAGCCGGCGUGAGGCUCUACAAGACUCCUGUUCUCCGGCAAGAAACAUGGAACAAGUGAACUGACGUGAAAUCCCAUUCUGCUGCUGCCCAGCGAUGGGUUGUGUACAAUGCAAGAAAAAGAAGGCGAACCAAACUCAGACCAAGAGCAACGAUGGAGCCAUUAACCCACCGCCCAACUCCUGCUAUGAUCCUAACUCCUCCCAUCAGAACCCUCCCAACUUCACACGGAUCCCAGAUUUCAACAACUUCCCAGGGACCCCAGGGCCUUUGACUCCAGCUGGUCCUGGGGUCUCCGUGCUCUACCCAGCACCCUCCAUUCACAUGCCAGGAAUGGGGAUCACAGGUGGCGGAGUGACCCUUUUUAUUGCCUUGUAUGAUUAUGAAGCCAGAACAGAAGACGAUCUGACAUUCGUCAAAGGAGAGAAAUUCCAUAUCAUCAACAACACAGAGGGUGACUGGUGGGAGGCACGCUCCCUGACCACGGGAACCACCGGCUACAUCCCCAGCAAUUACGUGGCUCCUGUGGACUCGAUCCAAGCGGAAGAGUGGUACUUUGGGAAGAUCGGCCGGAAGGAUGCUGAGAGGCAGCUGCUGUGCCAUGGCAACCCCCGGGGGACCUUUCUCAUUCGCGAGAGCGAAACCACCAAAGGUGCCUACUCAUUAUCUAUCCGGGAUUGGGAUGAGAUGAAGGGAGACCACAUCAAGCAUUACAAGAUCCGGAAGCUGGACAGCGGUGGCUAUUACAUCACCACCCGGACACAGUUUGAGACUGUGCAACAUCUGGUGCAGCAUUACAGAGAGAGAGCUGCAGGAUUGUGUUGCCGCCUAGCCGUGCCGUGCCCUAAGGGGAUGCCCAAACUGGCAGACCUGUCCGUCAAAACCAAAGACGUCUGGGAGAUUCCUCGCGAGUCGUUGCAGCUCAUCAAGAAACUGGGCAAUGGGCAAUUUGGGGAAGUGUGGAUGGGCACUUGGAAUGGCACCACCAAAGUGGCAGUCAAGACGCUGAAACCUGGAACCAUGUCUCCAGAAGCUUUUCUGGAGGAAGCCCAGAUCAUGAAGCGCUUACGGCAUGACAAACUGGUGCAACUGUAUGCUGUGGUAUCAGAAGAGCCCAUUUACAUUGUGACUGAGUUCAUGAGCCAAGGUAGCUUGCUAGAUUUUUUGAAAGACGGGGAUGGCCGUUUCUUGAAGUUGCCCCAACUGGUGGACAUGGCCGCACAGAUUGCAGCUGGAAUGGCUUACAUUGAGCGAAUGAAUUACAUCCACCGGGAUCUGCGUGCUGCCAACAUCCUUGUGGGCGACAACCUUGUGUGCAAAAUUGCUGACUUUGGCCUCGCCCGCCUCAUUGAAGACAAUGAAUACACAGCUCGCCAAGGUGCCAAAUUUCCCAUUAAGUGGACAGCUCCAGAAGCCGCUCUCUAUGGCAAGUUCACCAUCAAGUCAGACGUGUGGUCUUUCGGCAUCCUCCUGACAGAACUUGUGACCAAGGGCCGAGUACCGUACCCAGGCAUGAACAACCGGGAGGUGUUGGAACAAGUGGAACGGGGUUACCGCAUGCCCUGUCCUGGGAAUUGCCCUCCAUCGCUGCACGAUCUGAUGGUGCAGUGCUGGAGGAAGGAGCCUGAGGAGCGCCCUACUUUUGAAUACCUCCAAUCAUUUCUAGAAGACUACUUCACUGCUACAGAGCCUCAGUACCAGCCAGGAGACAACCAACUGUAACCGAUGGAUGGUGACCAUGGAGAGCUCCCCCUGCCCUCACGGGGGGAACCUCCCACAAGUCUGGUGGGACACUGGGACACACAGCAGAAAUCUCUUCCCUCUCCAGGGCCAGGAACCGAGGGUCCCACCUUGUAGAACUGGGCUUAGAACUCCUUUCUUUUUCAUUUUAAUUUUAUUCCUUGGGUGUGUGGGGGAGUGACCUUGCUUUUUUUUUAUCAUUGUGGUUUUGUGUUUUAAAUUCUGACUCAUCCCAAAUAGACGCCAGGUCAGUUUUUGGAGAUUUUUUUUUUAAAAGAUGGAGAUGAUGAGGAGUGAGGGUGUAGAUGGCCAGAGGAGAGGUUUUGUUUGUUUUAAUAGUCCAUCCUCUCUUAAUUAAGUUACUUCUGUGAUAACUGGAGAACCUUUGGCCCUUAAAAAGUUCCCCUGGGGUUCUCUGAAGAGCCUUCAUACUUCGGCCCGAUUGGUUCCAGCCCACAACAAGGGACUGGGGGGGUUGUAGCCCCAAAUGUUUGAACGCACCUUUUCCCUAACCCUGAUGCAGCCUACAAGGAUAAAGACAGGAGGUCUUCAGGGCCACAGCAGGAAGAAAUUUGCACAAUGAAGAUACCUAGCCAUCCUGCAGCCAGUGUUCUCCAGAUAGAUUGUGACGGCAUCUCUCAGAAUUCACCAGCUUGCAAGGGCUACGCCGGCUGGGAAUUCUGAGAGUUGUAGUCUCAUGGCAUCAGAUAUGAUGGGUUCCAGUUGCGGCGGAACUCCCGACUGUCCUUAUGCCAUUGGCCAAAAAAAUCUGGGUUUGAUAAGCACGUUUUAAGUCCUGCAAGAUCUGGAUUUCUUUCCUCCCCAUUCUGCGACGUGGCCAUAAUAUGGACAACGGGCCCAAUUUUUCUUUUCCUUCCUCAUUGGCCCUCAUGCUCCGAAUUUGUGACUUGGUACUAUCUGGAUAUCAUGUCUGAAAGCUUUUUGAGUUAACAACUACGAUAGGAGAAUGAAUGUGGGAAGAAUCCAUGAGACUAGGUUGAUUCGUCAAUGUCAGCCUUUUUCUCGAGAGGGUCAGCUUGGCUCUGAAAUGAUACCCUGGGGGCUGCACUUCAAAAAAGGAGAUGGGUCAGGACACAGCCCUAAUUCGCUGGUGCGUAAGGGAAGCAGACAGGGUUGUCUACGACAACGUAAAGGAAAGGUGUGUGCCAAAAUGGCUCUGGAGGCUGUUUACAGAAGGAGAGAGUGCCUGAGCUGAUUACUGUGGAACUGUGAAGUGUCUGUUCCAUAGCCACAUGGUGCCUUCUGACAAUAAGAUGACGCGCCUUACCAGAUGGGGGCUUGUGCACCAUCCCUUGAAAAUUAAUGAUUUUUGCUUGUCAACUGGAAGCCGUUCCAAAUGUUCCUUGCCAGAUGUGCUGGGACUGCAGUGUCCAAAAUUCCUAGCCAGCAAUUAACAGCCCUAGCAAAUUUGGAGGAAACAGCUGCCUUCCCUGGUAUCCGUAUCCCAGCUAUUCACCCACAAUCUUUUUUCUCCCUCUGCACAAGAAUCCUCUAAUCUUGAACCCUGGCAGGGAUGUUGAGGAAUCUGCCAUAGCUCAUUCAUAGGACCCUAUCCAUAAUUUUGGGAGGGAAGCGGUGAUUUCAAUACUAAUCAAAGAAUAUUGGAGGGUGGCCUGCCAGGUAGGGUUGCAUUAAAAUUCCAUCACCCUUGAUCCCUGUUAGUUGGGACCACUGAAAGUUGGAGUCCAGGAACAUCUGGAGAGCCACUGGUUCUCCAAACUGUCCUAAGAAGUGUUUCAGUGGAAACAUAGAAGAUAAGCGUUGUAGAUGUCUAAAAACAGCUACAGUGAAGACUGCCAUAGAACCAGGGGGUGAAAAAAAUGAGUUUAAUUUCCAUCUCUCCCUGUAAUUUGAAAUACAGCCAAGAGACUGGAAAUUGCUGAAACAACCGAACUAUCACAUUGCACUGGGCUGAUAGUAAAGCUAUGCAGAUUUACUGAGAAAUAAUCUUCCCUGCUUAUUUCAAUCAUGGUUCUGAACGGAUCAUCACUGUAUGGCUUAUUAGGGAUGGAAAGGGGUUGGAGAAAAAACAGAGGGAACACAGGCAGCAGGAGCUAUUCCUUAGCACCUCAGCAAAAUAACAAGAAGCAACAAACAAACAAAAAUUGCUAAGCAAAUGACGAGCAGUUUGUGAUGAGAGGUCCACCAUGGGACUUUUCAGACGAGGGAUGUCCAACCUCAGCACACAUUGGCAACUUUUAAGACUUGUGUGGACUUCAGCUCCCAGAAUUCCCCAGCCAGCAAUGCUGGGAGUUGAAGUUCACAGGUCUUUAAAGUUGCCAAGGUUGGACACCCCUCCUUUAGACCAAGAGAAGGUUGGCAGCUGCCCAAGGGUGCCAUCUGCUGCCCGUGAUGCUGAAGAGCAACGCCACUAGAAUAUACGCAACUUAUUUGGGUUUCUCCAACCUUUUCUCAACCUUGAGAUUUACGAUUAAAUCAACGCAGGGUUCUGGGAACUGGAAUGAUGUAGUUUGUCAGAGGGAAGGAUGAGUUCACUGACAAUGAGGAAGCAAGUAAAUGAGUUGGAGGUCCGUAUCCUUUCCUUGCCACGGGCUUCCAUUCAGUAGUGGGGUCCUUCCAGUGAAGCAAGCAAAGUCCAUCCCACUAACCGUAUUCUCUUUGCUUAAGGACCAUGAUGUUCUUUGUAGAGUCCCUUGUGGUUCUUGAGACAUCAGUACUAUCUAAGCUCCUGCACUUCUGGGGAGCUAUCAUGUUAAGCUUCCUAUCCUGGAAAUGUAGUAAUUUACAUUCCACACACACACACACACAGUUUUUUAAAAAGCCCUUUGAAAAAAGGUUGAUUCAUUGAUAGGACAGGUAGACAAAUUCCAUGCCAGCAGACCCGGGAGAUGUGGGCAGACAAGCCCAGGAUGAGAAAGGGAGGGGCAGAAUCUUUGGGGGUAACCACUGAUGAUCUAUAGUAGACAAUGUUCAGAAGCAACCCAGCCCAGCUUCAAAUGGGUUGUUCAAGUGCCAUUGCUUGGAAGAGAAAUCUAUGGAUAUUGAGCAUGCACAAACCUGCAAAGCAUACGGUUAAAUAAACAUGCCCUGUCCAGAGAUUUUUUUUUAAAAUUGUUGUUCAGAUGCCUAGGAGCUGCCCCUUUCUAUGCUAUAUAUAAAAUGUUGUUUUUUUAAAAAAAAAUACUGUACAUAAAAAGAAAUAAACCUUUGUAAUAAGAGAGGCUGGGUAUGGAUCUU